GUAACGCGUGUAGCUGUAGAGAGCUGGAACACUGCGCUGUGGCUGAGAGACAGGGCUGAACUAACACAACAGCAGAGAACGCAUAGCAGGAAUAGACACCAAACACACACCAUUUGCUUUUGCCUGAGCUGCGAUUAGUGAAGUCGUGUCAUCGGUCUCCACUUUUCUUUCUUGUUCUAGAGGCUGACAUUGAGCAGGGAAACAUGAGUGAGCGCUUCGAUUGCGACAACUGCAAAGAAUCCCUGUAUGGAAGGAAGUACAUCCAGGCGGAGGAGAAUCCAUACUGCAUCCCCUGCUACGACAGCCUUUUUGCCAACACCUGCGAUGAGUGCAAUGAGCUGAUAGGCCAUGAUGCGAGGGAGCUGUUCUAUGAAGAUAGACACUACCAUGAGCACUGCUUCCGCUGUUUCCGUUGUGACCGCUCACUUGCUGAUGAGCCCUUCACCAGCCAGGAUGAAUCUCUGCUUUGCAACGACUGUUACUGCAACGAAUUCUCUUCCAAAUGCGUUGCCUGUGACAAGACUGUCAUGCCUGGCACUAGGAAGCUGGAGUAUGCUGGCAACACAUGGCAUGAGGGUUGUUUUAUUUGCAGCAGCUGUAAGCAGCCUAUUGGCUCCAAGUCGUUUAUCCCAGAUAAGGAUGAUCACUACUGUGUGCCUUGCUAUGAAAACAAGUUUGCCCCUCGCUGCACUCGAUGCAAACAGGUCUUGGCCAAGGGAGGUGUGACCUACCGCGAUGAGCCAUGGCAUAAGGAGUGCUUUUUGUGUGCAGGCUGUAAAAUACAGCUAGCUGGACAGCACUUCACCUCCCGAGACGACCGUCCCUACUGCCUUAAGUGUUUUGGAAAUCUCUACGCUAAGAAGUGUGAGGCCUGUAGCAAACCAAUCACAGGUUUUGGUGGAGGGAAAUACAUUUCAUUCGAGGAGCGGCAAUGGCACCAGUCUUGCUUCACCUGCACCCGGUGUUCUGUGUCGCUUGUAGGAGCUGGUUUCUUUCCUGAGAGGGAUGAGAUCCUGUGUCGUGAAUGCAACAGCAAUAUAUAGAGCCUGUAUUUACACUACUCUCUCCAUUCUCACACACACACACGCAUGCUUCCAUACUUACAGACUCAGAGUCCAUCUAGUUUUCACAAAUAGUGAUCAGCAAAAGCUGUGGUGAUUAUAGUAUCCUCACUUGAUACUCAGACAGGGUGGUUUUCCUAAGCACACACAAAACAUACUGGCAGAUGGUGAAACCUUGUUUUUUUUGUCUUAUUAGGUAAAGAUAAGUUUGUCUAAGAAUUUCCUUGUUUGCAAAAGAGUUACUAUGCAAGAUCCUGCUUGUUGGAAACCAGUCUAUUCAGAAUCGUGCCUUACUAGUUAGCAUUGCUCAGCCUGUGGUGCUUUCACUUUAUAUAACUUUAUGCCGUCUUUGUAGGUCUUUUUUAACCUCAAAGCAGAGAACACAUGCUCAGCUCCGAGUGCUGCAUGUCUCUUUCUGUAUUCAUCAAACUACAGAUUCCUCAGCUGCACUGCUCACUUUGUUGGGAUGGAAAGCAGUCCAUCAUUUUUUCCAUUCAGUAACAGUAGUGCUUAAGCAAUGCUUUAGAUUAACCACCAGAGCUCUCUCAUCAUAGGACUACAACCAGGAGAUGUAGUAAUUAUCACAGAGGCAUAAUCCAUCCAUUAUUUUUGUUCUGGUUCAGUCGAACUAUUCUGAUUGUUAAGAGUGAGUAAAGUAUAGAUAGACUAUAUGAUUACAACCUAUAAAACACCUCAGGCAGAUUUCUCCCUAAACGUCAAAGAGCUCUGUGGUCCACUAGAUAUGUUCAGUCCCACCAAAAAAAAAGACUUGGAUUAGGUUGUAUUAGACUAAAUCAUUGCCCAUGUGAACACACAUUUGGCAUUGUAUGUGAAAGUUUGAUCCAAAUCUGUUAAAGUUGAAGAAAGCAUUAGCAUUGACUGUUUGAGGUUUGUAGUAUUUAAGCACUUUUGAUGCGUUUCUUUGUUUUAUUUUUCCUGGGCGUAUUGUAUGUCAAAAUGCAUUAAUGUUUUUUGGGGGGUUUUUUCCUAAUAAAUGUAUGUAUGUAGAUCACACCAAAAAGUGACUUGUACAAAAAUAUGUGGGAAAUGAAGUGUGAUGUGUUUUACAGAAAACAUUCAUGCAUUUGCACUAUGGCUUGAAUUAAGCAAUAUCUUUGUGCACAGAUAGUAGUAAUAAAUAAAAAGACACAGCAUGCAUACACUGCAUAUAAACUGAAUACAAACCGCUUUCUUUCUUUGUAUAAUCUGUGGUCUUCUAUACACAUGCGCAAUACUUCCCUGUUUUUCUUUAGUCUUUUAUAUGCUAUGUGAUUUUUCUUCUUUUUUUUUUCUUCUUCUUCUUAUUUUUUAUAUUUCUAUUCACAAUUGAGAGGGUGUAUGACUGGGCAAGUCCCAGGAAAUAUGUAUGUUGCAAUAUGAAUAUGUCAGCAGAAUGGUAUGCAUGCUGUUCUCAUUAUUAUUUCCUUACCAGUCUUUGUUUAUGGCUUUGUUACUGAAGGUAAUAAUACUAAUUUCACAAAAUAAAAUAUUUCUAAAUGUAUGUAUUCACUUUGAGCUUUGAUGCUGGCUAGUCAGAGUUAGCUAAUGCUUUUUUUUUUUUUUUUUUGUUUAAAGAAAUGUGUAAUGUAGACAUUUAGAUUGGAAAAGUGGUUAAAAAAAAGAUUGAAGCUGAUCUAAAUGUCUGUUUUUUGUUAAUAAAUAUUUUAUAAAUUAA